AUGAUUAAGAAGAAAAGGAGCAGAGAGAAGAAGACAAGGGAGGAGGCCGACGAGACGCAGCUUGAUGCUGUUGGAAUCUGGUGGACAGUAACAAACUUUGGUGAAAUUUCAGGAACCAUAGCAAUUGAAAUGGAUAAAGGAACCUACAUACAUGCGCUUGACAAUGGACUCUUUACCCUGGGAGCUCCACAUAAAGAAGUUGAUGAGGGCCCUAGUCCUCCAGAGCAGUUCACAGCUGUCAAAUUGUCUGAUUCCAGAGUUGCCCUAAAAUCUGGCUAUGGAAAAUACCUUGGCAUAAAUUCGGACGGACUUGUUGUUGGGCGUUCAGAUGCAAUCGGACCCAGAGAACAGUGGGAACCCGUCUUUCAAGAUGGGAAAAUGGCUUUAUUGGCCUCAAAUAGCUGCUUUAUCAGGUGCAAUGAGGCAGGCGAUAUAGAAGCAAAAAGUAAGACAGCGGGAGAGGAAGAAAUGAUCAAGAUUAGAUCCUGUGCUGAAAGAGAAACUAAGAAAAAAGAUGAUAUUCCAGACGAAGACAAAGGAAACGUUAAACAAUGUGAAAUCAAUUAUGUAAAGAAAUUUCAGAGCUUCCAAGACCACAAACUUAAAAUAAGUAAAGAAGACAGUAAAAUUCUUAAAAAGGCCCGGAAAGAUGGAUUUUUGCAUGAAACACUUUUGGACAGGAGAGCCAAAUUGAAAGCUGAUAGAUACUGCAAAUGACCAGGAUUUUUGUCUCUGUCUUUGUUUUUUUUCCUUGAAUAAAAUAAUAGUGGAAGUGUUUUUGCAGA